GGAUAUUGAAGAUGCAUCUUCGAUUUACCCUCUUAGCGCUACCGGCGCCACUAGUACAAUUCUAGUACACUGUACCACUGGGGCAGCAAGGCUGCAAAGCGAGCUGCCAAGUGUAGCCCAGUGUAGGAGGCGCUGCCUUGUGCCAUGCCCUGUGCCAAUGCCAGUGCAGCCGAACUUAGCCGCCUGGCGUUGAUGAAAAGAACUACUUCUGAUACAUGACUAGCAAGUUAGGCCUACUAGAUGUGGCGUUUGUGUUUUGGUUGGUUGUCAUGUGUAGUCUGUGUAGACAGUGGUGGUGAUUAACUCGUGCGCUAGUUAUUGGCGUUGAGUUUCAUAUAAUAACAGAAGGAAAUUUUAUGGUUGCUGCCUCAUGCAGCGAGCCUUCGUAAAGAUCUCUGGUGUUUUGUUGCGGCAGCGAAAGCGACGGGUGAGCAAGGCAACGGCGAGAGAACCGUAGGUGGGCGCUUUUGAUGCAGAAGGGAAGCGCCUCUUACUACGACCGCUUGGACCCCGUGAAACGCCCUGCUUCAGGUGGUCCGGAGGAUCUGGGACAGCAUGCGCCUCGAAGAAUGGCCAUUAUGAGUGAAAUUGAGGAACAGGAGCGGAAAAUAGUGAAUGAAUUCUGUCAUUUGCUGGAAAAGUCCAAACAACUAUUCAACGGUCUGAGGGACCUUCCGCAAUAUGGGCACAAGCAAUGGCAAGCUUACUUCGGAAGGACAUUUGACGUAUAUACGAAGUUAUGGAAAUUUCAGCAACAACAUAGGCAAAUUUUGGACAUUAAAUAUGUGAAAAGAUGGCAAAUCGGAGAGAUUGCCUCGAAGAUUGGACAGUUGUAUUACCAUUAUUACCUGAGAACAAGUGAAACCAACUACCUGAAUGAAGCAUUCUCAUUUUAUGCGGCCAUCCGUGCCCGAGGAUAUUACUCUAAGGCGAGCAAAGAAGAGAGCUUGCCUUACUCCCACCGCUCAGUGAUGGUGAAAAAAUUGCGUUAUUAUGCUCGUUUUAUUGUCGUCUGUCUCCUGCUCAAGAAGAUGAAGCUUGUGCGUGACCUAGUGCGGGAACUUGCCAAGCAGAUUGACGACUACACUGCCACAUACGAGCCAGAGGACCAGCUGGAAUGGUCUCUUGUGUUGGGCGAGAUAAAGUCUUUUAUUGAUGCUGAUAACCUGGUGAAUGUGGUAGACCUGGACUCGUCCUCUAUAGUGCUUUCCCAUCGACUGAGCCCCUUAAACACCCCACCCAUGGAGAAAGUUCCCUCCAGUCAUCUCAGCUUGCAGGAAAUUCUUAUCAUUGGCAACUGCUGUGACCAAAUGGCGGACCCUCCCCAGGUGAAGUUCAGCGAGCUGACGCUGGACAUGUUCCGGAUGCUGCAAACGUUGGAGCGGGAACCACAAGAAGAUACUACGCAGCUCUAUGAUGCUUCACCUGCUCCUGGAAGGGUACCUUUUCCUGAGAAUGGGGGCACAGGUGAUAGCCGUCCUGGCAAGCGUGAGAACCCACACAAGUACCUGCUGUACAAGCCCACAUUCAGCCAGCUGUUUGUGUUCCUGGCUUCGGGCUUCAAGGAGCUGCCACCCAAUGGGGUGCUGCUGCUCUACGUCUCUGCUGAUGGCAGCUUCCCCAAUGUUAAGCACCCUGAAGAGGUUGGUUAUGACUAUGGUGGAGUGACCACUAACAGCAAACGAGAACCUGACCACUCUAAUAAGCGCAACAUCCAGCUCAAAGAUAUGCACUGAUCAACAGCACAAGGGCAACCUGCUGACACUGUUCCUGCACAGCCCAUUGACAGCCCUGUGCUUCGUGUGCCAUGUAGUCGAUGUGCCGGUCUCUCUUUGGGACAAGGCCCUGGGUCACCUUAAUCGCUUUAUGGC